AUGGGGGAGCUCGUGCCUGUACGUAAGAAGCAACCUGGGGGCCCCCUUAAGGAGGGGAUACAGAAGAAGGAGGCAACACUGCCGCUGCUGCUGCCGCAGCUGCAGCAGCAGCAACAGCAACAGCAACAGCAGCAGAAAGUACCGCAGUUAAUUACAGGAGGGGCCCUUGCUGCUUCAAGGAGGUUUGGUGAUGUUGCUGUUGAGGCCCCCACAGGCAGCGGCAAGACAUUAGCUUUCCUUAUUCCUGCUGUAUCUAGAUUGCUGCAGCAGUUGCUGCAGCAGCAGCAGCAGCGGCAGCGGCAGCAGCAGCAACAGCAGCACGAGGAUGGGGAAGAGCAGCAGGUAGAAAUUGCAGAGCCUGUUGACUUACGUGCUGCAUUGACAGAGACACCUGAAGAAGAAGCAGCUGCUGCUACCUCCGAUGCAGCAGCAGCAGCAGCAGCAGCAGUAGCAGAUGCAGAGUUUUGCUGCAGAAUAGGAGUCCUUAUUAUAGCGCCUACCCGUGAACUUUGCUGCCAAACGCAUGCAGUGCUGCAGCAGCUGCUAUCCUCCCUUGAGCGUGUCUUGCUGCCACCAGACGACCCAGACAGCAGCAGCAGCAGCAGCAGCAACAGCAACAGCAGCAGCAGCAGCAGCAGCAGCUUCGUGCUGCGUGCCCUCUGCCUAACAGGAGGAGGGAGGCCUAUAGAGGCAGAUGUUGCUGUUAUUAAGAAGAAGAGCAGCAGCAAAUCCCUCUUUAUUCUCUCCGCUACACUAGGAAGACUACUUACUCUAUUAGAGCUACCCCAGCAGCAGCAGCCACAGUGGGGUUGGAGACACCUGGAGAUGUUAGUAGUAGACGAAGCAGAUCGUCUGUUAGAUGAGCAGCAUGCGCAGCAGCUGCAGCAGCUGCAUGCAGCAGCAGCAGCAGCAAGACAGCAGCAACUGCUUCCUAGUCAGAGGAGAGAACAGCAGCGGCUGCAGACUAUCUUCUUCUCUGCUACCUUAUCUGGCUGCAUGCAGCAGCAGCUAAUUAAGGGACUAUUAAGGGAGCCUGCGCACUUUGAUGCAGCAGCAGCAGCAGCAGCAGCAACAACAACAGCAGCAGGGACAGGUGAGGAGACACCUGGCAAGGGACAAGGAGACAGCAGCAACAAAGGAAGAGGAAGAGGAUGGGGGGGACUAAUAGAGAAGGUACACGGGCGUAUGAAGCAGCGAGCCCGCAGUGCAGCACUCAGCAGAUUCUGCAGCAGCAACAGCAACAACAACAGCAGCAGCAACAACAACAGCAGCAGCAGCAAGAGGAAGGGGGCAUUGGUGCUGCUGGCUACGGAUGUUGCUGCUAGAGGUUUAGAUUUCCCUGAUGUUAAUUGGAUCAUACAGCUAGACCCACCACAGAACCCUGAGGUGUUCGUACACCGUAUAGGGCGUACAGCUCGUGCUGGGCGCAGCGGCGCUGCGCUGCUGCUGCUGCUGCCGCACGAAGACGCCUAUGAGAACUUCUUAAGGAAUAGAGGGGUACAUCUGUCUCCUUUUGAGGAGACAGUAGAGGGGCAGGUGCUGCAGCAGGCAGCAACAGCAGCAACAGCAGCAACAGCAGCAGCAGCAGCAGCAGCAGAUACACCAGAGGAGCAGCAAGAGAAGGCUAGCCCUUUUAUUGCUAAGACAGAGACAAACGCCAUUAAUGACGCACUACAAGAAGCUGUCCAAGAGGAGCUGAACCUUGGCCGUUUAGGGACAGCGUUGCGGCUGCUGCGGCUGCCGCGCAUGCGCGAGGUGGUGGGUAAGAGUCUUAAGGAUUUUAAACAAAGCCCCAUUGAUCCUGCAUGCGUUCCUUAUAAACAUGAUGCAGCAAGAGAGCAGCAGCGGCAGCAGCAACUGCAGCAAAUCCAUGAGAAAAGGGCGCAGCAGCAACUAGAGAAAGAAAAAAGAAAGAAAAAAGAAGAAAAAAAACAAAACCCUAAUGGACCCAACAAACAAAAAAGAACAACUAGCGAGAAAAGACAAGCUAAAAGGAGGAAUGCGAUAGAUGAAUGGAGGGAACUCGCCUUUGAAGAGGGGCCCCAAGAGGACAAUCCUCAAGGAGACAGCGACCUCUCCUCUUCGGACUUUGAUAGUGAUGACAGCGACAGCGAUGGAGCAGCAAGCAGCAGCAGCAGCAGCAAGAAGCAGCAGCAGCAGCAGCAUAAGUUUGGGGGCCCUGGGGGCCUUAAAACUGCCGGCAAAAGGAAACCCGCAUGGGCACGAAAGGGUAAACACAAGAAAAAGAGGAAACACUGA